CUUUGCCUUUGUAUUUUUUUUAAUAUGAGUUUUAAUAUGCGAUUUAUUAAUCCCUCGGAUACGAAUGGCUCGCAUACCGAUCGAUGUCAGUGUUUUAUUGAGAUGUUAUUGUAUCUACCGCUUUGGUUAAACGUACUAUAGAGUGAAUUUAUAAAAUAAUGUAGUUAUUGCUUUUUCUGGUUAGAAAAAAACUGGUUAGAAAAUGAAAGUAUACCACAAGUGUAGUAAAUAUAGACCACGAGAAUGUGCAUAUAUAACUUAGAACUAUUUGACUAGUGACGUGUUCUAUAUUGCAACGUUUUUUUAUGUGUAAUAAAAGGAUGGUUGCUUGAUUCGCUGGAGUUUCCAUAAUUUUUUUUAAGUUGCGUUUAUCAAAAAUGAACAAAGAAAAUUGUAUAAAAUCUAAACAUUAUCUUUCAUCUUCAACAGAUGCAAACGGUGAGCCUGCAAAGCUGAAGUGUAACCUUCGCAAGCACAAGCCGAAUAGAAAACCGCGUACGCCAUUCACUGCGCAGCAACUUAGAUCAUUGGAGAGCAAAUUCGUUGAGAAGCAAUAUUUGAGCAUCGCUGAACGCGCAGAAUUUUCCUCAUCGCUUGGCCUAUCUGAGACUCAGGUAAAAAUCUGGUUCCAAAACCGGCGGGCGAAAGCGAAACGCGUGCAAGAGGCGGAGAUCGAGAAACUCAAAAUGGCGCAGUUUUCCCGGCACCCCCACCAUUUGUACCCACACCCGGCGUUACAGCAGUAUUUCCACCCCCACCCCUUGAUGGGGGGAGGGCGGCCAUUGCCCCCGAUGGGUUUGCCGCCGCAUCUAGCGAUGGUUCAACCACCUGUGUCUGGUUCACCAUCGCCUAGCACACCUACUGGACCACAAUAAGAGUUCCACUUUUAAAUUUAAAAUCAGAAAACUUUUCUUUUUAUAAUAACAUGAAAAGUUUACAUACUUAAUAUCAACCAAUGCGUGUUUAGCUCGUUUUGAAUUACUUUUAAAGUUUGUUUUACCGUUUAAUGCUAGGUCUGUACAAUAAUAGACACUUGAUCUAUUAAUUCUUAUGAAUUUUAAGUUAUAUUCCUUGAACUUUUCCUUUAAGCAGGACGUGAGUUCUUAGGUUUUUCAGGUGAUGUUGAAUAAUUUCAUCCUAUUCUAUAUUUUAACACGAAGUAAUUAAAUUCUUAGUUAUGGGCAGUUUCAUGAUAUUUAUAUAUAACCCUUAAAUGCCUGUCGAUUUUCAUGGUGUCUUAACACACCUACCAAAACGUUUAUACAAACUUUUGAUUGCAUUUUGGCCCUCCCUUAUCCUUUUUAGCAUUAUUUCCACCGCUUUUUGCUAUGAGAUAUCGAAGAACGUUGUAAAAGCAAAGAAAAGCAAACUUGGAAUUAUCUUCUAUAUGGAGAUUUUGUAAAUUUUGUAAAUAAAAAAGUUAAGUUUUUAAAGCACUUGUAUGAGUGAUAUCUGUAUUAAUUUAAAGAAAUAUUAUUUAAAUAGGUAAACAUUUUUACCAAAACUAGAAUUCGUUGUUUGAAUAUAAUAAGUACAAGAUUUAUUAGAUUUUUUUAUUAAAUAAGCAAUGUAAUAAUCUCUGGGACUUUUAACGAUUGUGUAAAUAUAAUUUUUACUGUAUAUUGUUAUUUCUACUUGUAUAGUUAAAAUAUAUUUCUUUCAUACUGAAACAAAAUGGUUUGAUUUUAAUAUAAUAUAUAUCUUCAUGUCGUACCCUAGGUAGCUCGGUGGCGUAGUGGAUAAGCGCCGCGACCCGCGAUCGUAGUUGUUAAGCAACUUUCGCAAGGGUCGGUCACAGGAUGGGUGACCAAAAAAUUAUUAUCUCGAGCUACUCCGUGCUUUUUCAUUUGCAGUCGUUAAUACCCUCCAAUCCGCAUUGGGCCAGCGUGGAGGGUCAUGGCCCAUCCUCCUCAACCAUCCAUGAGGAAGGCCUGAGCCCCUGCAGUGGGGACGUAAAAGGGCUGGUAGUAAUGUUGUACCCUAGCGGGGAUUUUGGAAUUUUCUUUGUACUAAAAAUAGAAAGUAUGACUUUUUUAUGUAUAAUAAGUGACAACCCUACCAUUU